UGAUUUUGGAAAAAAAAAAAAUAGAUCAAAAGAUAAUUUUUUUGUUUGUUUCAGGCUAAAAAUCUAACUUUAUUUGUAAAUGUGGAUCAUUUAAUUUGUGGAAUAUUUUUUUAAGCUCGACUUUUUCAUAAUAUGAAGAAGCACUACAGAACAAUGUGGCUUUAACCUAAGAAAAUAUUGGUAUUUUAUUGUAGGUUGACUUUAGACACAAGAUAAUUGAACAUAAUAAAUACAAAAAAAGGACUUGUUUGUCUAAAAGAUAAAAAAUGUAAAAAUGAAAAGUUUCUGAUUACAAAUGCAAGCUUAUUUUCUCACGGUAAAAUGUAAUUCUGUUGUUUUUUAAGGAGAUAGUGAUGAUGUAAAGAGAUUUCCUGUAAAUAUGAACAUGGAGUUGCCAAAAGAAAGAAAGAAAUAGACUGAAUCCAGCUUGCUGCUUUGUUGUCAUGAGGGAAUGUAAGUACAACAGCAUUCCUGAUAUGAACAAUGCUGUGUAACCCUUAUUUAAGUAGUGAGGCUGAGAGCGCUCACACAUAACCCCCCCACAAAUAGAGGCUGGUGAAGAGAGGGAGUGAGAGCGGAGCGGGGAGGAGGAGAGAAAGAGGGAGACCGCAGCAGCGACGGCAGCAGCUCUACAGUUACUCCUGGCAGGCUCCAGUCGAGCAUGUGUGGUCUCUCAUGCGCUGUUGCUAAGGAAAUGGGUGGCUUGAAUGGAUCGGCGGAUCGGGCCGACUCGUCCUCCUCCUCGCCCCCUCACCAGCCUGCGCUUUUACAGUUUUUUGGAAUCACUGCGAACGACGUGACGCGUCAGCUCCUGCUCUGCACCAGCUCGGUCCAGUGGAGCCACAGCUGAGGAGCGGGGGAUUUCACUGGCAGCUGGUUGCACCACUAAGACGCUGGAGAGAGGCAGCUGGGCGGUAGGGGGGUCGAAGAGCCUGGCAGGCGCCGGGUGAAUGCAGCCUGGAGAGGACGACGGCCGAGGCGGCAGCAGCACUGACCUGAAGCGGAGCAUGGCAUCCACAGGAAUGCAGAUUUUUGGGUUUGUUCUGGCGCUGCUGGGCAUCAUGGGGGCCACUCUCGCCACCUUGCUGCCCAACUGGAAGGUCAGUGCGGAUGUGGGCUCCAACAUCAUCACGGCCAUCUCCCAAAUGCAGGGCCUGUGGAUGGACUGCACGUGGUACAGCACCGGGAUGUUCAGCUGCACACUGAAGUACUCGGUGCUGUCGCUCCCUGCAUAUCUGCAGACUGCUCGAACCACCAUGGUGCUGUGCUGCGUGCUCGCCGCCAUGGGCCUCUGCCUGGCAUCCCUCGGACUAAAAUGCACCCGCUGGGGGGGAGGACGGCGCUCCAAGCGGCAUGCCGCUAUAGCCAGUGGAGGCUGUUUUGUCGCUGCGGGCUUUCUGUGCCUGGUGCCCGCUUCAUGGUUCACCAACGAGGUCAUCACCAGCUUCCUGGACUCCAGCGUGCCAGAGAGCAAUAAGUUCGAGCCCGGAGGCGCCGUGUACGUGGCCUUUGUUUCGGCAGGAUUCCUUUUUGUGGGGGGUUCCAUCUUCUGCAUGUCUUGCUCGGGGAAGAGGCAUGGCCCUCAGGACCUGAUUCUGCUCCCUCCGCCUGACAAACUGCUGCUCCAGCAGCAGCAGCAACAGCUCCUCCAGCAGCAGCAGGAGCUCCAGCACCAGUACUGCUCCCUCUCCCCAUUAGACAAUAAGACAGGCUACAGCCUUCAGGAUUAUGUAUAAUAAAGCAGCAGCGUGUGCACUUCUGCUAAAGGGAGCAAAACCUGAGGGGGGGGGACCAUCACAGCCGAUGCUGCACAUCGGGCUCUACUCCAACUGAGGAGAAAAAGAGGAGGGCAACAACUUUCAAUCCAUCUUUCCCCAUCUUUCUUGUUUGUCUCCCUUUUUUCCGUUUUGCAAGCACAAAGGAGAGGGAGGAAUCCCCCCCACCCCCCGAGCGGCACAUGGGAACAAACAGCGGGAAUGUGUAAGGUGCUGCAGAGUCGGAGGAACCCGAUAACCAAACGUCAACGUCCUUCACCAGUAAAUCACAGAAAGAGCUCCCCGGGGGGAUGGAUUAAGCAAAUAAGGAAGCCCCCCCCACUCACCCCCACCAAAGGUUUGAAUUGAGAUUUUAUAGAAAAAAAAAAACAAAAAAAGAAAAAGCAAUUAUUUAGCUGCUAUUUACAAUCGUUUGUAUCGGUACCCACCACUGGAAAGACUAGGCAAUAACCGGAGAGCAGUAAGUAAAAGCCCUUUCAUAGCAAGCCAUUGUAGUUUUUUGUACACUUAUCCACUAGAAUGCAACCUGGAAUGAUUGAAAUAAAUGGUCAUAUUUUUGUUAGCUUGUAGAAUGAUGAUAUUUUGCCUCUAAAGCAUGAAGUGUGGAGCCUGUCUGUGUAUUAAUACGGCGGAAUGCCUGGUAAAAAAGACUGAGCCACACAAUGCCUGUGCCUGAAAUGCUGUAGAAACAUGACCCUGCUGCAACUGUUCAAAGAGGACUGUCAGGAGGACACGAUGUGGGCUCCCGCUCCGGAUUGGAGAAAAUGCAGACAGGCAGAUGUCUGCGACUCUGCAGGUGGAAAUAUGGGGUGGAGAGGGGGGGCGGAGAGGACUUGACAGUAAGAGAUGCACCGUCUGAUUCCCUUUUUUCCAGCAUCACAAUCCAUCCCCCCUCCGCUCUCUCACAUGCUCGUGUUCACGCACGCGAUAAACAUUCAAAAGCUUUUUGCAUGAGCUUUUCACUUCUGUCAUCCACCUCUGCACUGCCAUGGAAACGGCAUUCAUUUUUCAAAAAUCCUUUUAGUUUGGGGUUAUGUGCAUGUCAAUCUAAAAAGUUGUUUGGAAGAGGGGGAGGGUAUGGUUUUUUAUUUUCUCCUUCCUUUGACCACUGUGCUGCACUUUAAAGUAACAUUUUUUUAAAGAAAAAUCCUCCCUUUAAAACUGCUUUCUGUGACAAGGGGGGCUUCGCACGAGGUUAGAACCCGAGCCGUGGCAAAACCACGGUAGGAAAGGCGAAGCUUCUCGAGCCGAUCAAGUGGCCGUGCGGCAGGAUGCUAAAAAAGGUUUGAGUCAUUCUCCAUAUGUGACUUGCUUUUCAAGUGCGUCAGCAGCCUAUACAACCCGCCGGCUGAAGGUUUUAGCGUCUUAAACUGUUCUCUUUCACUUUUAAACACCCGUUCCCUCCUGUCAUUUUUGUGUCACUUGUCACAGGGAUGUGAUCCCUGAUGGAAGAAUGCAUGUCGGAAGCAUGUCCUCCUGACGCACACGUAAACACCCCCCCCAUACCUACUCAUAUUCCACUAGCAGGGAUAUGCUUUCUCGCUUAUAUGCUGGUAUGUGUCGCUCUUAUACUCAGAGGAUUCUUUCGUUUGUGCUCUGGACAGGCUGUGAUGUACAGAACUGCACAUUCUCGCCCUCUCACAAACAUGCAGCUUCCUGGGGGAGAGCAGAUGGCUAAGCCCAGCUCGCCACCUGCAGGCUGCUGCCAGCACACCACAGGCAUCUCUCUGGGCACCCCUGGCAGCUCUGGGGCUCCUACCCUGACUCAGCCAUCUUUGCAUUUUUUGCCUCCUGACAAUAACUCACUGCCCAGGCGCCCAUAAGCAAUGCAAUAAACAGAGUAAAGAAUGUGCCAUGUCAUCGACUACUGACACGUUAUGUGUUUGGUGAAUGUGCCAAAUUAUGUCUCAUGAUGACUCGUUUUAACAAUAUCUGGGGUUGUGUUUAUUUUUUUAUCAGGUUGUUUGUACGAGGAUGAUGCAUCUGCAAAUGUUUUAAGGAUCUUGUUCUGACAGAAAGUCUUCAGUCAGUCGGACGUCUGUGUACAGUCUAGUGCAGCUUUUUGGCCUUCGAGGGUUAUUUUAAAUCCUCUUUGUGUCUCAUUUCAUAAAGCACAGCAAAAUAUGGAGGAACAAAUAUGGUGACGUUUCCACCAAGGGGUAAGAAGGCACCCUUAACCCUAAACCAAAAAAAGUAACACCCAACACAUAUUCAUAAUAUUAUUCACCCCUUGACACCUGUUGAUGCUCCAAAAAAUACCUCAAUUUAGCAUCAACUUUUUUUUAAUAAUUGGAAAUAGAUUCAGGCAUCAAGGGUUCAAUAAUAAUUUGUGUCAGAAAUUUGGAUUUGCUGUUGACCUGUACCGACUGUACACAAGUGUCUAGAUUUUCUUUUUAUCGAGGUUGAAAAGUCCUUCAGGUAUUUGGGUAUUAGACACGACACCAUGUUCAUGCCAUAUCUUCUUUAUAAGAAGACUAUUCAGUGCACUUUUACUGUGUGUUAUUGUUUGACAUCAGUCUGGUUGAAAUAGCUGAGCACCUUAAGCUUUUUUGGACCAGAACAAAUGUGUAACACAAACCGCACGCAGGACUAAAAAAAAAAAGAAAAAAUAAAUAAAUAAAAGUGUGAUUCGUGUCUGAUAGGAUUUAGCAGGGCUAAACGAACCAGAGGUUUCUUUUUCGUGACUGUGCAGCUUGAUCAUCAGCACGCAAUUUCAUUUGCUUCUAAAUGGUCAGACGGUAAUGUGACUAGGUCCUAAAAGUCUCCAAAAGUCGUAACUGUCCUGCAUAUACUGUACUAAAAUGUUGGUUUAUCAUUUUGAUAACUGCAGCUUAUUUUUGUGAAUGCUUUAGCACUUCUUACUUUGCUGGAGCAUAUUUGUGAUGAUGGACAGUUCCACAAGUUCUGAUCAAGUUGUCUCAAUGUGCUUGUGCAAGUAGUUCUAUUUUUUACCAAUAAAACUAUUUUGUGAACGCAA